GAGCUUGUAAGGCGGCGGCGCGAGGAUGCGUGACGUCACGUGCGCCGCGCCUCACGCAUGCGCCUACGUAUCGAGCGCGGCAUGUGCCUCUCGCAGCCGGCCGACCCCUCAGCCCGACAUAUUCACUUUUUUAUUUUCCUACUGAACGUACUCCGCCGUGACGCUUCGGUUUUCACGUUGAAGACAACAAGAGGCGCAGAUCCGGUGCGUUCGCUCCAGACGCUUGGCCGCCCUCCGUUGACGGCCGCCCACCGCGCCGCUUAGUCUGAUCGAAUCCAAAAUGGCAGGACUACGGCUCCGGGUUCCUGCGUGGGCCCGUCUCUGACCUACAGAUUGGGUUCGCGAGCGAUAUGUGCCCCUUCACUUAAAUGUUACGCAAGUUAGAGUCGGAGUGGUUUCGAGAAGGUGUUUCGGUUAUCAAUCGAACUGACACGAAGAUUCCCUGGUGCAGUGAAUUUAGUGGCUCAUGUAAUCCGAGCCAGGACAAGCUUUCACCGAAAUGAGCGGUUAUGGAGCAGGCGCCAUGGCCACGACCGGAGGCACCGACACAGACUCACUGUCGAGACGCUUGCGUCAAGCCGAGCGUGCCAGGGCCGACGCGGAGAGAGCACAUGCCGACGCACUUGCCCAGCUACGAUCGGCGCAAACUUUGCCCUUAGACGCCCAUAAUAUCGAACAACUACAAUCCAGAGCUAGGGAGCUCGAGAAAAAAGCAGCUUUGGAGACAGUGCGUUGUGAGGAACUUCAACUGGAACUGUCGACAGCGCUGCGAGCCCGCGGCACUACGACAUCGGCGACUUGGACUCAAUGUACACAGCCUGGAUAUGAAAUAGAACGAAUUAUGGCGAAAAUUGAACAGGAUAAUCGUAUUCUAGCUGAAUUAGAACAGCCAAGAUCUACUACUACUACACAUGCGAUACAACCAAGUGGAUCGACCCAGGCACUUGGAGAGUUCCAUUCGCCGACACCGUCGCCCCUGCCUCAUAUUUAUGGAAAUACAGCUGGUCAUGUAGCCAUUUCUCAAAGCAACACCAUGCCGACGCUGUCCGCAUUCCAUGGAGCAAACCAAUUUAGCGCCCCUAGUUCGAAUUCCGUUGGCUACUCGAUGAGCGCCCACAACCCUACGUAUGCCAAUCAAGCCUCAACAUAUUCCGCUAACACAUACGGAUUGACAAACACUCAUCAAGUCACAUUUACUAAUCCAGUGACAGCGCCCCUAGUAAAUAGCAUCGGUCAAAUAACCAGCACUCUGGCUGGCUUACAGAGCAACCUUCAGAAUAUAACUGGGAAUGUGUCAAGCCUGAAUUUAGGCGGAACGCUUAGCGGACCAGGUAUGACGGGUACAAUAGCGGGCACAGGAUUAACAAAUUUGAACAGCGCACAGACAAAUUUGCCGGGACUGACGAACACGUUAAGCGGGAUACAAUCAACACUUACUGGAAACUUGGGAAAUACUCUGAACAGUUUGACUGGUGGACCUCAGCUCGGAGCGUUGAAUACUAGUUUGACAGGAACCAAUGCGUACGGAACUGGGAUCUAUACAAAUCCACUUCUAUCGGCUUUGACAUCACAUCCUUUGUGUAUAAAAUUAAAACCUUUAGAUGACAUAGAUUUGAGUUUAGGUAGAUACGGAACGAGUAGUAGUAGUGGAGCUGGCAGAGCAGCGACUCCGGUUACGCCCCAUCAGCCCUCAUGGAACCUAGGUUUAGAUAGCCAAUUCGGAACUGAUAGGUUAGGGGCCUUAGAAACAGCGUUUAGUCAUGACCGAAAUCGAGCUUUAUCGAGGAUUCUUCCUAAUUCAGCAUUAGAUAUGGAUGUUCGAAAUUCACUUUACAUGAACGGGGCAUCCGCUGAAACGGUAGACAUGUUGGAUAUUCCCGGACGAGGCCGUUGUUGCGUUUACAUAGCACGUUUCUCCUACGACCCUCCGGAAAUCGAAAGCGCAGAGGGCGAAUUAUCGAUUUCGGCGGGUGAUUAUUUAUUAGUAUGGGGCGCGCCAGAUCCAAACGUCACAAUGUUGGAAGCGGAAAUGUUAGACGGGCGUCGCGGUCUCGUGCCAGUUAAUUUUGUUCAGAGACUAGUGGGAGAGGAUCUUUUAGACUUCCAUCAAGUUCGUACAUUCACUAAUCCAAUUCUAUGGAUCUCAAAGUUCCAAGCGUUCUUCAUUUGUGACGUGAACUUACAGGCUGUGGUGACGUCGAUGCGAGAUGUUGAUGAGUCUGCGACGACUGCGGUCAGUGAACUGUCUCUUAGUCGGGACGUCGCUCGACUUAGUGAAACGGCGGACAUUAAUGAGGGUCCUGAAGAUGACGACAAUGAGCUGUUUUUCUCGUCGCUAGUGCCCGCGCCGCGGCAGCUCAACCUCGAGAGGCAAUUGAAUAAGUCCGUGCUGAUCAGCUGGAUCGCGCCGGACGGAGUUCAACAGGCGAACAUCGAAAGCUAUCACGUGUAUGUCGAUGGAGUCCUCAAAACUACUGUGAAAGCUACAGAACGCACGAGGGCCCUUGUCGAAGGAGUCGAUGCUGGUCGCCCUCAUAGAAUAAGCGUGCGUUCGGUAACUGCUUCACGGAGGACAUCACGUGAUGCUGCUUGCACGAUGGUCAUAGGAAAGGAGACUGUUAAUAUGGGCCCAACUUGUGUCAGGGCUAGUGGAGUGACUUGUUCUCAAGCCGUAAUUUCCUGGUUGCCUGCCAAUUCCAAUCAGCAGCACAUAGUUUGCGUUAACAAUGUUGAGGUGCGGCUAGUGAAAGCAGGUGUCUAUCGGCAUACCAUUACGGGACUUUCACCCAGUACUCAGUACAGAGUAACAGUACGGGCCAAAAAUGGGAAGACUCUCCAGCCUUCGGGAAUACCCGCAGAAGAAGCUCCAGGCGCUUACACGGACUUUAGGACUCUACCCAAAGGCUUACCGGAUCCGCCCAAUGAAAUAAUGGUGGAGGCCGGCCCGCAAGACGGCACUCUGCUGGUGACGUGGCAGCCGGUACAGCGUCCGCCCGCCUCUGGACCUGUAACCGGAUACGCUGUAUACGCUGACGGAAAAAAGGUCACGGACGUAGACUCGCCGACCGGUGACCACGCUCUCAUCGAUAUCGGCAAACUGAUCGGCCUCAAUCCUAAAUGUGUUACCGUUCGUACAAAAUCGCGCGACAGCCAAUCCAGUGAUAGUGUACCGACGCCUAUACCGCCUGCGGUAUUGCGGGGCGUCGUAUCGAGAAUGCCUCGUGGUGCAGUCGCGCCGGUCUCGAUUCAGCCGGGCACGUACAGGGGCCCUCAGCGACCGCAGCCCUAUCAGCAACAGCAACAAGUCAUUGAGCAUGACGAAAAUUUAUCAGAUAAGGAAAUAUUCCCAAACAAUAACCGCCACGAUCAGCAGCCAGCCCAGCCUACGAGUGGAUUCGGCACUGGCCUCCUAAAGAGUAUAUUCGACAAAAUAACCCCUUCGCAAUCGGGAAUACCGGCCAUCGAAAUCACUAAAGAAGGCGCGACGGAGCUGGGUAGCGAGGAUGGGGAGGCGACGCGCCACCGGCCGCAGCAGCAACCGUCCCAACCGGCGCAGGCGUCGCAACCGCCUUCGGGUCAGCAGUACCCGAAUACACCAGCGUACCAUGGCACGCAGCAACCGCCGUAUCCUCAAGUCGCCCAGUUCCCAAGUAACCAGCAGGGUCAGUACCCUAACCAGCCGCAGCAGUACCAGAAUCCACCACCAAGGACACACCACGAAAGAGGACGACCACCGAAUCCUCAGCAGCACGGGCAGCCAAGCGGGAUGCAAUUGCAAGGACGAGGGGCAGCGGCUGCGGGUGGCGCGGUACCUCGUGGCCCGCAACCGGGUCAACGUCAUGGACCCCAGAGCCACGCUCAAUCCAAACGCAGCCGCUUCUUCAUCGCGCUCUUUGAUUACGAUCCAGUUACAAUGAGUCCGAAUCCAGAGAGUUGUGACGAAGAAUUGCCCUUCAGCGAGGGUGACACAAUAAAGGUAUGGGGGGAUAAAGACGCUGACGGUUUCUACUGGGGCGAGUGCCGAGGCCGACGCGGAUAUGUGCCGCACAACAUGGUUAUGGAAGUUUCCGAACAAGAGGCCACGGGGCAACCAGCCGCCAAGCCAAGAGACCGAUGGACCGACGCUUAUGCUAAUCAACCCGUUCGAAGAAUGGUCGCUCUCUAUGACUAUGAUCCGCAAGAACUGAGCCCCAAUGUAGAUGCCGAUGCGGAAUUAAGUUUCCAGACUGGUCAAAUUAUCCACGUUUACGGUGAUAUGGAUGAUGACGGUUUCUACAUGGCUGAAAUCGAUGGAGUCCGAGGACUGGUCCCCAGCAAUUUCCUCACUGACGCCAACGAACAGUAUACCAAUGCCGGACAGAGUAGUCAAGUUGGCGGCCCAAAUAUGCGCGGAUCGGGCGGGGUCGCAGGGCGCGGUAGGGGCAUGGGCCCGGGGGCGUCUGGGGGGCCAGGGGGCUCUGGGCCGCCGGGACCGGGGGCGCGCGGCCCCCCUCCCCCUCCGAGAGACAAUGUUGCCCCCGCGCCCCGCAACCAUCACCGUAAGACAGAUGCCUGCCCUCUUCCCCCUUCUCAAUUAGACCACAACACAUGCGCCAGUAAUCCAGAACAGGCGAAUUCUCAGGCGAGGGGGAGAGGCGCGUCGAGCGGACAGCCCCCGAACACGAUCGCGCGAACGAGCGCUGGUAACGCGGGCACCCCCACCGUCCAGUCGCCCGGCAACGCACCCCCCAGCGGACCCCCCACCUCCAACAACUCCGCGAGCACUCCGCUUAAUGCGACCGGGCCCACUAGCACAACGACGGGGGGUCCUACGGCGCAAACGACUACCAGACGCGGAGGUCCAGCGGUCGUGCCUUCCGCGCAGCCCCUCACGCCGGCGCAGCCCCCCUCUUCCCAGCCCAACCUGAUGCAGAAGUUCUCCGAAAUGACGGCACCCGGCGGCGACAUUCUUAGUAAAGGCAAAGAACUGAUCUUCAUGAAAUUCGGCCUCGGUGGUAAAUAAUGUCGGUCGCAGGGGGUCGCGGCGUGCGACUCCCGCCGCGCUGUCUCGUCCACUCCCCCGGUGCCCUGGUACUGGCUGGUACUCCUGCGGCUAAUCCAAACUAUCUAUCCGGCUCUUCGUGGAGCUUGUAUUUAAUUUAGGCAUGUUGUAAAUAGUUAUAUGCAAUACACGCACAGUAUAGUGGAUAUCUGAUCGUUAGUGCUAUCUCGGUAGAUUCAUGGAUGGAGCUCAGACAUCUGGGAAUAGUUGUACCUAUAUCUAAAGCUUCUCUAUCUCCGAUGUUUGCUCGUUAACUACUUAGGUUAGAAAUAAAUAUGAAUUAUAUCAUUGUUAUUGUUUAUGCGAUAGUAGAGUUUGACUUGUGUUAUUUCUUGCGUAGAAUAAGAAAUUAUAAUGUUACCGUCUAGUUGUUACUUCAUAUUCGUUACGGUGUAGUCUUGUUGUAAUUUUCUAAUUUACGUUUUAAAUCUAGCUAGCUGUGUGAAUAGCCCUUGAAAAUAUUAUAAAACAGCGGAACAAGAAUGUGAACUUCCUCUAAAGUCUGAUCUCACGGAAAAAUUACGAUUAGUUAUUGUUGUUUAUGAUAAAUGUUUUGUUAACGCUAAUCUUUGUACAAUGCAAUGGUGCAACCGUCCCUUUUAAAUAAACGGAAUCGAUUUAAAAAAAAUAUCGAUUGACUUUUAAUCGACGUUCGGCGGUCAUGAUCGUCAAUGAAAAAUAUUGUAUGGAAAGCAGGAACACGUAUUUUAUUAUUUAUAGAAAUUUGCAAAAUUGAAGUGUUGAAAAGUUUGAAAGCUAAUUUAAAAAAAAAUUACGUCAUAAUUUCACUUUCAUCUCGAUUCCAUGCUGUCAGUAAAAUUUAUAUACCUUAAAAUCGAUUAAGUAAUUGAAUCCCUUUAAGGUAUAAUAAUUAUUCUCGAAUAGAAACUAAGAUACUGUGAUAGUAGACGUGAUACCAUCUAUAUUCUAAUUGUACUAUACAUUUACUUCACACAAAACAUUCUCGACUGCAUUGGACAGGAAAUUCGUUCGCAUUUUUGCCAUUUGAAAUUGAACUUUAUAUUCGAAGAAGAUGUACAAUAACUUGUCAUUUAUUGUGGCAAUAGAUAAUCGUGUAUCGAUAAGAACUAUAUUACGAAGGAAACUUCUUAUAAUAGUUACUUUUCUUACGUAUCCAAAAGCCGUAGACGUACUUAAACACGUGUAAUGUUUAAUCUGGUAUUAGGUUCAUAAUAAAAAAAAACAUUUAUGACAAAGGCGAAUUAACCCAAUGACAAGACUGCUUGCAUGGAGAAGAUAUUUUAUAUAAGUUAUAAAUCGAUAAUGCAUCACUGAUGUGUUUCGAUUUCAAAUUUGAAAUUCAUUAACAAAAUAAUAUCACGUACACUUAAUUAUUUUAAUAAACGAUCACCAUAAUAAAUAAUGUUUGACUGCGUAAUGAAUAAUCGUAAUCAAACAUAAUUCAGUAAUUUAUUCCGAGAUAAUUAUAAUAUUCAAUAUGAAAUGUUUAAGUAAUUCUAAAAAUUGUUGUACAUAUUGAUCAUCGGGAUCGCUUGGGUUCUUAGACUAUGUAUUUCGAAAUUGCUCACUUCGUACAAGAAUAAUUUUAAGUCCUUUAAAUCUCUAUAAUAUAUCUACAUAACAAAUACGUUACGUAAAUUAUAUAACAUAUAUUUAUUCCAGUGUUAACGUACAGCUUGCGAUUAAUAAAAUUAUAAAAAAAACUUUUAACUUUUUGUUAAUGCAUAACCCCCACUCUUUAGUCCAAUAUUAUUAUAAAAAAUAUACAAUAAUAUAUUUAAAAAUUGCGUUGACAACGCGUCCGCGUGGGGUGAAAUGUUCUUAGCUAAGCACUGCGCGACAUAUCUACUUUAUAAGAUACGUAUAAUAUAUAUAUUUAAUCUGUAUUCCAAUUUUCUAUUAUCAAACUUAUAACAAAUAGCACUUAUUCUAACACCCUUUGAAGUUGUUCUUCUAUUUAUACAUUGUUAUAAAACCGUAUCUAUUAACACGAUAUGUGUAUGAUUGCAUACGCGUUAUUAUAUAUGAAAAAAAUAUAUAUUAUGUAUAUUAAUCGUGCGUUUACAUAUAAAUAAACAUCAUUUAAUGUGAAGAGUUGUAUAUUAUAUACUUAAUUAAUUAUGACAAAACACUAUGAUAUAUGAAUCUUGAACAAUGUACCAAAAAAAUAUUAAUAAUAUGCUGAGAAAAAAAUAAAUAAUUUGAA